CGGGGCUCAUUGCCUGCUUGAAUUAUGCAGAAACGGGCAGCAUUUAGGUCAUGUAAUUGAUUAUGUUGGAAAGGGGAGAAAUUGUGCUUUAAAAUGGUAUUGACAUGACAGUUGAUCUGGAAGUAUUGCGUUUUGAGGGCGCUAAAAUAAGGAAAAUUGUACGGACCAAGGCGAUGUACGAGUUUACGUUCAUGUUGGGAGGCUUCGGCGUCUCAGACCCCGUAACGUGAGGAGUUGAGACCAGAGAAGACUCGGCCUCUGACUCCCGACUCGCUGCGUAAUGGUGAGAACCGGUUGAAAGUUUCUGUCGGCUGAAUGGGCGACACCUGUUGAGCAUUCUUACAGCAUUUCCUUCCAGAAGCCAUGAGAAAAUGGUCCAGCUGCGGAGACUGCGAGGGGAUUUAUACUACUAUCUGUACUUACUGGUGGCACAUCCGUUCCUACACUUAAAUUACCCUUGCCUAACUAUUGCGUCUGAAGCUGGGCUUGCAGCACAGCUAUCCUUGCCAUAAUGCGAUCGUUCUGUAUAUUAUGAGUACAGCGACUGCAAUUAGAAGGCAUCAUGUUAAUGUUACUACUUAGCUUCGGCUGGUGGAGGUCCUGACGAACCACGUCCAGAUAAAGCGUCCAGGGUUUAAAAAAAUUGAAUGAAAAAAAGUCGAGCGAGGGGAAAAAUAAAUAAAUAUAAACGGCCAUUAAAAACCGUAAAAUUGGCAGGUAGCAAAGUAAGGUUAGCAACAAACUGCACGUAAACAAAUUGUGACCGGAAAUGACAGUGUAUUGAUGUAUACUGACUUCUAAUCCCCACGGAUACGUAUCAAACUAGUGUAGUGGCAUUCCAUUUUCAGUCCGCGCGUUGGCGACGUACUUUGCUCCUUCCUGAAUCAAGAUGUGCUCCGCCCAAAUGGUCCUCAUCAUUUUGAUUGGCAUUGCCACCAUUGAACCUGUGACUGGUUUUAGUGGUGGUAGUGUUGCCAUGUCCUGUGACACAAUGUUGCCCCAGCAUGGUUCUCCCACACUUGAGAGUGGUCCGUUUAGUGUCCCUAAACAUAUCUGUUCCGGUUUUGCAGGAGAUGAGACUAUAGUGUCACUCAAAGCUGAUCCUGCCACGAAGUUUAAAGGGUUUCUGUUGGAGGCUAGGGAAUCACAGGAUGGACCUGCCGUUGGCACCUUCACUCUGCUCACUCCCGCUCAUAGCCGCCUUCUUCCGUGCGGUGGGAAUCCAGCAGCUGCUGUUACCCAACCAAACAACCUAGCCAAGACAUUCAUCGAAGCCAAGUGGAAAGCACCAUACAAAGGAGUUUUCUAUUUCAGAGUCACAUUUAUUAAAGACAUGAUGAAGUUCUGGAUACCAGAGGCCAUUAACAUCACCACCUGUCCUACUACUUCUACUGUCACUCCUACUACUAUCACUAUUUCUACUACUACUGUCACUCCUACUACUAUCACUAUUCCUACUACUGUCACUCCUACUACUAUCACUCCUCCUACUAUUCCUGCUAUCACUAUUCCUACUAUCACUAUUCCUACUAUCACUAUUCCUACUAUCACUACUCCUACUAUCCCUACUCCUACUAUCCCUACUCCUACUAUCCCUACUCCUACUAUCCCUACUCCUACUAUCCCUACUCCUACUCCUGCUCUGCACACAUCUGCACCCUCUACGUGUAUGCUUAUUAGCGCUCUCAUUCGGCCUUCACUCUUGGUCAUGAGUCUUCCAAAAGGCCAGACACUUUGGCAUAAGUUGUUCAAGAUAUUGUUGUGUCCUCUCUCAAUGGUUGCAGCCAUCAUUUCCUUUAUUCUUUUGCUGCUAUGGGAGCCAGUACAAAUAACUCUUGUGGCUGUUGUGGGUGUGGCAAUGGUCCUGAGCUUGGGACAAACAAUUGUUGUUUUUCUACCCUUUGGGCCCAGUCAUGAACUGAGGUCCAUCUGUGAUUUGGUUCUCAGAGUGAUUUCCUUCACAACUGAGGUUUUUACCAUGGUGGCCAUAUUUGUGGGUCUGGAGGAAAUUGAGAAGUGCUGCUCGAUACACUGGCGCAUGAAAGUGAUGGGAGGGUAUGCAGCCUGGGUGGCUCUGUUCUACUUGAUGUUCAUAUACUUCUGUUGCAACCAGAGUUACCAGAGGAAAAGAAUUGGUUACAAAUGGAUUGUGCCAAAGAGAACGAUACUCUUUGAAAAAAUCCUCAAUGUUAUCCUUGUUCUGGGCAAAUUGGGUUUUACAGUGGCUCUUAUCACUGGAAUAUACACUUAAUAUACACUAUUUGCAUUGUGUUCCCCCAAACCCCUCUUUCACGCUGCUGCUACUCUAUUUACCAUAUAUGCAUAGUCACUUUAACUAUACAUUCAUGUACAUAGUUCCUCAAUUGGCCCGACCAACCAGUGUCUGUAUGUAGCCUCGCUACUUUCAUAGCCUCGCUACUGUUAUUUUUCACUGUUUUUAUUUCUUUACUUAUCUAUUGUUCAGCUAAUACCUUUUUUGUACUAUUGGUUAGAGCCUGUAAGUAAGCAUUUCACUGUAAGGUGAACUUUGAUAUGAGACAUGAGGACGGUGUAAAGCAAGAGGUUUGCGUCAUUACAUUAAAACAUGUAUUAUGGCAGUAGGUUUAUCCUAUAGAUACGUGUUAUCCACUUGGUAACAUACUGUAUGUCACACAUGCACCUUAACCCUUGUUUAUCAUUCUUUAGUUUUGUUUGGGUUACAAUACACGUUUAUACUGUAUCAUGAAUACUUUGUGUUUUUCUGUAGUUAGAUUUCCAUUCAGUUGGCGACAGAUUUUCAUGCGAAUAUUCUAAAAUCCACAAAAUCAAUAUGCUCAUUUGCGAUAGACAAGAUAGUAGCUCCUAAAACAAUUGGAUAUCACAAAAUUGGGGAGAAAAAGGGGUAAAAUAAAAAAAAGUUGUUGCACAUAAAAUGAUGUGUGUGAUGAAGUAGUGCAGGGUAGCCUAGUGGUUAGAGCGUUGGACUAGUAACCGAAAGGUUGCAAGUUCAAAUCCCCAAGCUGACAAGGUACAAAUCUGUCGUUCUGCCCCUGAACAGGCAGUUAACCCACUGUUCCUAGGCCGUCAUUGAAAAUAAGAAUUUGUUCUUUAACUGACUUGCCUAGUAAAAUAUAAAACAAACAAAAAUACAUUUUGCGGUUAAAUUCCCAUGUACCGAAUAAAAUAAAAGUUAAAUGGGUUUCAAUUAGAUUUAACUCCACUGGUUUUCUCACCCAAAAAUGUGCAUUAUAUUGCGAGUGUGCACUCUGGUAUUGGCACUGCACUCUAACCAACAGCACUCCGGGCGCUGAUUUAGUGCACUGUUGGCAAGAGUACACACACACCUACAUCAAGGAUACUAAAGUGCUACCCUAUGAGGUUGGGAGACUGCUCGUUUCUGUCCUACCUGAUAAUUAAUUGCACAUACCUGGUGUACCAGGUCUAAAUCAGUCCCUGAUUAAAGGAAACAAUGCAGUGGAACUGGCUUCGAGAUCCAGAGUUGAGUUUGAAGGGCCUACAUGAUGAAAUUAUAAACAAAGGAGCAAGAUUAUUUUUAUUCGUCAAACGGCAGCCAAGCAUCGACAAUCAUAUCACCAGAAUAAAAACCUAUAUUUAUUGGAAAGGAGCAUCAAGCUCAUCACCUUGCACUUCCACCACCCUGUGAAGUUCAUCAUUUACUUAAACUGCAUGGUUUCCCGAGUUGGAUUACAUGCCAAUAUAAUGGUUAUUAUAUCAGUAUUUGCACAUAAAGGUGUUUCCAAUCGCAUAAUACAUUUUACUUACACAAAAAGAUACCAACAUGAAUUAACAAAUUUGUCAGCAUUUAUAAAAUUGUACCAAAACUUCCUGUUUCAUCACAACUGUUGUGAUUUUCUUUUUAUACAGUGACUUUACUCAUGACAACUGUGGAUGGAAAUGUGGUUAUUGUCAAUUAUUUGUCUACUAUACAGCAUCUUGUAUCGCAUUUCAUCAAAUUAACUUGUUGGGGGGGCCUCCCGGGUGGCGCAGUGGUUAAGGGCUGUGCCAUCAGAGACUCUGGGUUCGCGACCAGGAGGCCCCCCCAACAAGUUAAUUUGAUGUUACUCUGUAAGUCAAAUAUUUCAUUAACUGCAAUAAUGUAAAGUAGACUGCAAUAAAAAGGUCAAAAUUCCA